UCGGCACUUCACGUGCAGCGGACGCGAGCGAACGAGUCGUCAGCUCGGCCGAUAAGUUCUCUUCUGACAGCUCCAAAAUUGCGGCGAAACAAAGGCGGAGGCGGCGCCUGACGUUGCCGGCAAGCAAUGGCGACGGAGGGUUUCGUGGACGACGAGAACCUCGAGGCUAUCGUCACGAGAAUCGAGCAGAAGUCCCGCAAGAUCGAGAGCUUGCUCAAGCAAUCCAAGCCGGUGGAGGCGCUGAAGACGGCGUUGGAGGGUUCGCCCUUGAAGACCAGAGAUGAGAGGUGCAAGUCAGCGAUUUGGAUAGUGGUGCACCGGGCGAUCAUGGCCAUAAAGGAUGUGGAUGCUAUGUUCUCUUCUUUGGAUCCAGAGUACUAUGACACACUCAUGAAGUACCUGUACAGAGGCUUGGCAACUGGAGAUAGACCGACGUGUGACCAGUGCCUGAAGAUUCAUGAAAAGCUGACGGAGAAAGCAGGGUUGGGAUGUAUACUUCGCUCAUUAGCCGACACCGUUAAUACUGUUUAAGCCUCGGUUAUAGCAGCAUCGUUGUAUAUGUACUUAGUCCACUGCUUGCUUAUUGGUUAAUUCCCAUGCAAUUACUGCAAAGGACUAAGAUGAGCAAGCUUUGUCAUUUUAGGUAACUUGAUUUGGACAGAUCUCGACAUGUUGCUUUCAUGAUCUUCAUGUUAAUAGUUAAUCCAGAAAUGAUUGCAGGCA